AUGUUAGGCGACCACAUUGCGCCCUGGCGAACAGAAUCGCAGGGCCAUCUUUCCCCUGACGCGAACAACGACUUAAAGACCGACUAUUCAAAAUGGCGACUCCUAGACGACGAUGGCCGCCAAACAUGGCACUAUCUUGAAUCCGAUGAGCAAAAUAAGGAGUGGCCCCAAUCAACUGCUGACAAGUACUUUCUGGGUCUUCCUACGGGACUUCCCGAGCUGCCAAAAGCAAAGAAUCCUUUGCAGUGCGCAGAAAAUGGCUUAGAAUUCUUUUCCAAGCUGCAACUGCCUCCAGGUAACUGGGCAUGCGAAUAUGGAGGCCCAAUGUUUCUGCUCCCAGGGCUGAUCAUCACCUAUUAUGUCACCAACACUCCAAUUCCUCCGGAGUACGCGACUGAGAUCAGAAGAUACCUCUUCGCUCGACAACAUCCGGAAGAUGGCGGUUGGGGCCUGCACAUUGAGGCUCAUAGCUCUGUAUUUGGCACGAGCAUGAAUUACGUUGUGCUGCGUAUUCUAGGUGUCAAUGAAGACGAUCCUCGGAUGAUCAAAGCCCGCGGGCUAUUACAUAGCUUUGGGGGCGCCAUAUAUGGGCCUCACUGGGCCAAGUUUUGGCUCAGUAUCCUUGGCGUCAUGGAUUGGGACUGUGUCAACCCCGUUCCUCCUGAGAUCUGGUUACUUCCUGACUGGGUACCCUUCGCCCCCUGGCGCUGGUGGAUCCAUAUGCGCCAGGUCUUUUUGCCCAUGUCGUAUUUGUGGUCUAAAAAGUUCACGUGCCCAUUGACUCCGCUCACGAAACAGCUAAGGGAGGAAUUGUACACGCAGCCCUACGGCUCGAUAGAUUUCGCCAGUCACCGAAACUCAAUUCACAAAGCCGACAACUAUUACCCUAAAACAUGGCUUCUGAACACCCUUAAUUCACUACUUGUGAAUGUUUGGAAUCCUGUCCUUCGUAUAUCAGCCAUAGUCAAUCGCGCAGAGGAUUGGACAUGGGAGCUGAUUCGCAUGGAAGACGAGAAUACGGACUAUGCCGGCCUCGGACCCGUUAACAACCCAAUGAACAUGAUUGCGUGCUAUAUCCAUGAUGGACCAGAUAGUUACUCGGUUCGCCGACAUCGAGAGCGCCUGAACGACUACAUGUGGAUGAAGGGUGAAGGCAUGCUAAUGAAUGGCACUAAUGGUGUUCAAGUUUGGGAUACCUCUUUUAUCACACAAGCUAUCGUCGUUGCAGGGUUUGCUGAUGAUCCGAAAUGGCGCCCAAUGCUUACCAAAGCCCUGGAGUUUUUAGACGCACACCAACUUCGAGAGAACGUCCCCGACCAAGAAAAGUGCUAUCGCCAGCACCGGAAGGGGGCAUGGCCAUUCAGCAACAAAACUCAGGGGUAUACCGUCAGCGACUGCACUGCGGAGGGUCUACGGUCGUCAAUCCAACUCCAGGAAAUGCAUAAUUUCCCGAAAAUAAUUUCCGACGAACGUCUUAAGGAUAGUGUGGAUUGCUUGCUUCUAAUGCAGAACCCCUCUGGUGGCUUCACCGAAUACGAGACGACCCGUGGCUCUACAAAGAUUGAAUGGCUAAACGCCGCUGAAGUAUUCGGUGGUAUUAUGAUUGGUUAUGACUACCCCGAAUGUACUACUGCCUCGGUUACGGCCCUUUCCCUGUUCAGCAGAUUCUAUCCCAGCUACCGUGCGGAAGAGAUCAAGGCAGCGAAGGCCAAAGCAGUGAAAUACAUUAAGCGCGUACAAAGAGCUGAUGGUAGCUGGUAUGGGUCUUGGGGGAUCUGCUUCACGUAUGCUGCUUUGUUCGCUCUGGAAAGUCUCGCAAGCAUCGGGGAGACAUAUGAGACUAGCGAAAACUCUCGCCGCGGCUGCGAGUUUUUAAUCUCGAAGCAGAAGGAAGACGGAGGAUGGGGAGAAUCGUACCUCAGCAGUGAGAAACACGUCUAUGUCCAACACGAGAAAUCCCAGGUAUGCCAGACGGCUUGGGCCUGUCUCGCUCUGAUGGAAGCGGGAUAUCCACAUAAGGAACCGCUCCAGAAGGCAAUGAAGCUCAUGAUGUCCCGACAACAACCCAACGGCGAAUGGCUGCAAGAGUCCAUUGAGGGAGUGUUCAACCAGUCUUGCAUGAUCUCAUACCCCAACUACAAGUUCUACUGGCCUAUCCGCGCCCUGGGCUUGUACAGUAGGAAGUUUGGAAAUGAAGAGCUGCAAUAG